AGGAAGUGUGCCCCGCGUGCGCAUGUUUGCUUCCGGUGUGUUACUUCCGGCGGGGAAAGCGGAAGCCGGUACCGGGCAGGAUGCCGUGGAAGAGGGACGGUUGCGCUGUCCGGUGCGGGGAGACGGGUGCCCCCAGUUAGGGGAGGUAACAAGCCAUGGAUUCCCUUGACACUAUGCUGACCGAUCCUCUGGAUCUAGGGUCGUGCAGCAAUGGAACAGGUAUCAUGGAGGAGUGUUUGCUGGGAGGAACUAAAGUCAGUCUCCCUGAAGACCUGCUGGAGGAUCCAGAGCUGUUCUUUGACGUGGUCAGUGCAGAGACAUGGCAAAAUGUUCUGUCCGACUCACAGCGAGAACACCUUCGCCAGUUCCUGCCUAAAUUCCCGGAAGACAACGCCGGACAGCAAGAGCAGAUCAUCCAGUCUCUCUUCCGGGGAGUCAACUUCCGUUUUGGGAACCCGUUGCAUAUUGCUCAGAAACUGUUCCGGGACGGGCACCUGAACCCGGAGGUGGUGAAGUACCGUCAGCUGUGUCUGAAGUCUCAGUACAAGCGAUAUCUGACGUCUCAGCAGCAGUAUUUUCACACACUGCUUAAACAGAUCCUGGCAUCCAGGAAGGAGUUGCUGGAUGUUGCAAGGAAAAAUGGCCCUGACCUUGUGAUGAAGAGGAAGCCCCCUUCUCUGCGUAACUCUCCCGAGGAGAGAGAGAGGCGGGCACAGCGCCGUUACCUGAAGAUUUUACGAGAGGUGAAAGAAGAGUGUGGAGAUGGCACCUUGUCCUCAGAGGAGGAAGAUUUCAGUUCCUGGCUUCCAGGAGGAUCACCCACCCAUUCUCCGGGUUCUGCUGUCCCUCUCCGUUCUAUCCCUACGCUUUCCACUCAGGACAUGAAAACCGCAGACAAGAUUGAACUGACUGAGAGCGACUUGAAGCUGCUGCUGAGAAAACACAGCGAGAAGAGGAAACAUCAGCCGGAUCAUCCUGACCUAAUGACCGAUGGUGUAACCAUGAAUGAUAUCAUGACUCGGGUGAACGCCGGCAGGAAGGGCUCUCUGUCAGCUCUCUUUGACCUGGCUACAAUGAAGAAACGCGUUAAGGAGCGGGAUGAGCGCAAGAAGAAGAAACUGAAACCCAUAAAGUCGGAGCCGGAAGAUUUCCCAGAUGCCCCUGAAGAAGCAGAAAUGAUGCCAGCCCUGCUCCCCAGUGACGCCAUUACCCUGACCACUGUGAAGGAAGAACCCAUAGAGGACGUGAAGCCACCUUUGCCCUUCAAUGAGAUCUCUGCCUGCUUCUUCACCCUGCUCCUGGAUAUUCUCCUAGUGGAGGGCCCCUCCAGUCUCAUGUUGCUGGAGGAUAAGGUGUCCCACUGGCAGUCUUCUCCCGCUAGUACCUUAAACAGCUGGUUCUCUGCUUCUUCCAACUGGUGCGACCUGGUGCAUUCUGCUCUCCUGUUCCUGAAUGGAGACAGCAAAGACGCUUUGUCUGGUUUUGCUCCUUUUGUGGAAUUCAGGGAGAAAACUCAGGAGUGGAAAUGCUUUGCUCCUCCCGGCGACUGCGAGAAGGAGCUGGUGGCUCUGUUUCAUCUAUGGCUAGAGACAAAGGACCAGAUAUUCACCAAGGAGCCUGAAGAGAGUAUGGACACUGGGACACCUGUUCCGAGGGUGCGGACGGACUACAUUGUGCGGCCCAGUUCUGGAGAUGAGAAACGCAUCUUCCAAGAACAGGAGAGGCACCGCUACCUCCAGCCUCACAAAGCCUUCACUUUUCGCAUGCACGGCUUUGAAUCGGUUGUGGGUCCUGUCAAAGGCGUCUUCGACAAGGAGACCUCUCUCAACAAGGCUCGUGAGCAUUCUCUGCUGCGUUCCGACCGACCAGCUUACGUCACCAUCCUCUCUCUCGUUCGUGAUGCUGCUGCCCGUCUGCCUAACGGAGAGGGCACACGUGCUGAAAUCUGUGAGCUGCUGAAAGACUCCCAGUUCCUGGCGCCAGACGUUACCAGUGCCCAGGUUAACACAGUGGUGAGCGGCGCGCUGGACAGGCUGCAUUACGAGAAGGAUCCCUGUGUGAAAUAUGACAUUGGACGCAAGUUGUGGAUCUAUCUCCAUCGAGACCGAAGCGAGGAAGAGUUUGAGCGGAUCCACCAGGCUCAGGCUGCGGCAGCCAAAGCGAAGAAAGCUCUGCAACAGAAGCCGAAGACUCCGUCAAAGAUUAAGUCUGGCAGCAAGGAGUUUCCCGUAAAGGGCAACGGGACCCCUGAGCCAGGACAGCUGAACAUGAAUGAGUGUAGCAUGCCGCUAACACCUGGGACCCCCAGCACUCCAACAACACCAGCACUUCCAACAACACCGCUGUCUCCCUCAACAUCCACUGCUGUCAGUAAGAUUGUCACCAGCAGCGCCCUGGAGCCCCCUAAAUCCAGUCCGAGCGUCCUCCUUGUGUCCUCUCCAGCCAUGCCUCAGCUGAGCACCUUGCUGACGCCCUCAGUGACUAGUCAGGUGACCGCGGUGACCCCAGCGCCUGUGAGGACCACCACUCUCUCCUCUGCAGCUACAAUUCCCCAAGUGCGAAUUGUGACGGCUUCUGCUGCUCUCCCGGCCACUCCACCUCCAGCCAUCGUCACCCAGUCUCUGUCUCCAAUUUUGUCUCACAUCAGAUUGCCGGUCACAGCUGCAGCCACCAAGGGAAUAACGCAGGUGGUGUCCAUGCCGGUGAAAUCGCAGGCAGCCAUUGGGGCCCCGCGCCUUGGAACCUCAAUCUCCACUCAGGGUAUCUCUGUGACAACUUUGGCCUCGUCCACGGUAGUCGCCUCUAAGCCGUUGGUCAGUUCCUCUGCCAGCUCUGCUCCGACCAUCCUUCAGAGCAUCACCGGACAGAGCAUUCUCAAACAGGUGGCGCUGUCUGGGCAGCUUGGGAUGAAAGCCCAGUCUUCCUCGAGUCUCCCACUUUCGACCACCAAUCUACGGAUACAGGGCAAGGACGUGCUGCGUCUUCCACCUUCAUCCAUCACCACAGAUGCUAAGGGCCAGACUAUUUUACGCAUCACACCUGAUAUGAUGGCGACCUUGGCCAAAUCCCAGGUCACCGCUGUUAAACUGUCUCAGGAACUCUUCUCUGCUGCCCCUACAAGCAGUUCCGGCAAGGCUCUCCUGCAGAUGUCCUCUAGUCCCUCUUCCCCAUCCCCUCCGGCGCCCACAACUAUCAAGAUCACUCCUGAGGCUAAACAGGCAGAGCCAAGUAGUGCUGGUUUCAGGCUGAUGCCGGCCCUGGGGGUUUCUGUAGCUGAUCAGAAAGGCAAAGUGAGAACUAGUGGUGAAUCUAAGCCAGGCACAACAAUAAGGAUAGUGCAAGGACUUGGUGUUGUGCCUCCUAAGGUUGCGGCUACGCAGAGUAUUACGGUAACUGCCAAACCAGUACCUUGUGCUUCCUCCACUGUGGUCAACCCAGUUCACACGGCCACAACCUUAAGCCUUUCCUCCGUGACAAGCACUGGGAUGAAACCUGCGCCUACUGGUCUCUCCAUGGGAGCUGCAACAGCCACUAUACGUCAGAUUCCGGUGACCACGGCUCAGCAGGGCAAACUUCCAGCGCGGAUCACCGUGCCGCUCUCCGUGCUCAGUCAGCCCAUGAAAGGAAAAAGCGUCAUGACGGCUCCUAUCAUCAAAGGCAACUUGGGAGCAAAUAUAAGUGGUCUGGGGCGGAAUAUAAUCCUGACCACCGUGCCAGCUGGGACCAAGCUGAUAGCUGGCAACAAACCUGUGAGCUUUCUGACCGCCCAGCAUCUACAACAACUCCAGCAGCAGGGACAAGCUACACAGGUGCGUAUACAAACUGUCCCAGCCUCACACCUGCAACCGGUCUCCUCGCCGGCGGCUUCCAAGGCUGUCUCCACUGUUGUAGUGACAACCGCACCUCCUUCCAAGCCCAACCCGGAGCCACACUGACUGGUGAACUUGUGAACCUGCAGAGGGUCCCAGCUCGGAUCAGCUCUCCAGCUUGAAGCGCGAUCAUUUCAGGGACGCGGUCAGAAGAAAGCUGGAAGGACGGACAGCUGGCGGUUCUUAAUGCUCCCAUAUAUCAAGAUAUGGACAUUUCUAAUGGACACUUGAGGUUCUCGAACCUCAGAAACUAAUGUGCAGUGUAAUUUUAAUCCUUUCUUGUAAAAUGCCCCCUUGUGGAUGAUCUGUAUAGUUACCUGUGUUACAAGGUCUCUGUUUGUGUUUUGAUCUUUUACGGUUUUAUGCUGUAAGGGCAAAGGGUUAAACAAAACAAAAUUUAAUAUAUAUGUGUUUCGCCUUUUGCCUGUAAAUGUAAAAUAUAUUUAAGACUGUGAA